AUGGAGCCUUCAGUGCUUCACCUUCAUGACAAACUGAGAAUCAGCUAUACUGUCCCUCACCGCAUCUUCUCGGCAAAGGUAUAUCCACUGCAAGCACCGAAUGGGUCUACUAUAAUCGUGUAUGGCCACGAACAAGGCAUACGAAUAGUGUGGAGGGGAGGCAAGAGUUUUCGACCAGCGCAAGUACCCAAAGAGAAGCCUAAGGUCAAUGGAUCUAGCAAAGAGGAUGCUAUGCUACUCGACUCGGACGACGAUGAAUCCGCAGCAGUUGGUGUGGCGUCCACCACUGACUUUGAUGGAGAUGAAGAGGAGCGCGAUUCGUCUGAACCUUAUCACAAAAUUGUUCGGCAUCUCGAUAUUCCCUGUGGAACAGGUGUUCGUCUUAUAGCAAUACCUCACAUACCAGCGCACAUACAGGACUCAGCUCCUGGCGCAUUUCCUCCAAUCUUGCUAUCGAACAUUGUAGUGGCAGCAGCCUGCAACGACAACUCCAUCAGAAUUGUCACUCUACCACUUCUGCCUCCUCCACCUUCCGUUGAUGGAACGUCUUACAAAGCCUUACAGAUCGUAACCAUAGCUGGAAUUAACACACAUCAUGAGGUACCAUCCAGCAUUGCCAUCACGCACAGCGCCGUAUCGGACUCGUCAGAUAUCCUGCGCGAUUCAAGCAGAUCUCGUUCCAGGAGUCGAAAUCCUCCGGUUGAAGAGGAGAACGCAACUACAGCGCAGUCUGGCAGAUUAUGGUGUUUCCUUAUUGUCUCCAUAUCGCCGACGACCGGAGGACUUUUGCUGACACAUCAAAUACCAAUCACCGCAGACACGCAGCUCUCGACGUCACCGGAUGACCUCUACCCACUGCAACGGUGCUAUCUCAGGUUUCCUUGCUUAAGCUCCAAUUUAGUUUUCCAUCCGUCUGCAUUCCCCGCGGAUCGGCAUUCUACGGUACUGUUGUCUGCCACCGAUGCUGGUUGUGUGAAACUCUACCAAGUCCUUCCAGGCAGCCAUGCAACCCUUUCUCGGGGUCGAAGGAAUUCUGCAGCAACGACAGAUUCCGCUAACUCAAGUCUACUCACCUCUCCAAGAAGUAUGACGUCCAAUGGGCAAUUCCUUCUCACACUCUACCCUGGUUUCGUCACUUCGUCAAGUUCAUCUAGCUUGCAGCGGCGGAAGCACGUUCAUAGUGCGACCUGGGCAGCUUCUGGUCGAGCCAUUAUCGCGUUGCUCGAAGAUGGCGAAUGGGGCGUUUGGGACCUGGAGGGCGCCGGACCUGGAUCUGGAUCCGCAAACCUACUUCGAGGACAAAGCAAUAUGUCUGGUAUCCAGGGCGGUGCGCUAACCAGAUUUGCGUUCAGCAGCCGCGUCACGCCGACAGCAGAGACACUGCCGAAGACUCGGAAACCCGAGAGCAGGGAUACCAAAGACGGAGCUCUAGCCCCAAUGACACCUCACACUCGUAGAAUUAAGAGUGAAGGGCUAUUCAAGGGCGGGCCACCGUCGUUGGAGAUCGAGCGAGAUUAUGCCCAGUCAGCCAGCGGCCAUAUCUGUAUCACCGAGCACGUUCCUUCAACAACCUCAGCCCUUUCGAGUCCUAGGGAGUCGCUUGUUAUUACUUAUGGUUCCGAAAUUGUCUUCGUCUCUUCCUUGCAAACCAUGUGGCGUGCUGAGACUAGCACUAAAGGCACAUUUGAUUCUGUUGAAGCAAUCAGGCCAUCACACUUUCCAAGCCUGGCUCUCGGUCAGGAGAGACUCGUCGGCAUUGCUGAACUGCUUCACUCUCCACCAAGGGAGUCUAGACUUCCUUUUGCUGUCAAAAGCAAUCAGUUACCAGACAUCCUAAUUGUUGCUGACCAUCGGCUAAUAUUCUUUGUCACCGCUUUAACGGAGCCAACGUCUACUAGAGAUACCGAGGAUCGUUUCCCGCUGCGCCUUAGUAAACCUCAAGAAUCACAGACAGCUAGUUUUGGUGAUCAAGCACUCCUCCGGAAAGGCCAGCUCGACCUCGAAGGCAUGGAUCGAGUACUAACUGGGAUGGGCCAUGGGGAUGGGACUUUGAAUGGACGAAGGAGCUCCUUUGGGAAAAGUGUUGCUUUUGACUUAGAUGAUGAGGGCGACCUAAGCAUGACCUCACCAACGCCGAAGGCUGGCGGCAGAUACACGCCAACUCCACGGAGGCCAAUUGGUCGAAAUAGCUGA